CUGACCCGCUUCCUGGACGACGGCAAUGAGUUCCUCCUGGUUGUGCAGCGCUCGGGCACCCAGCUCACCGCCUCCAACAAGAUUGAAGCUACUGAUUCAAAGAACAAUGUGUUGGUGUUCUUUAAGCUGCGACCUGAUGUAAUUACAGAAGAUAAUCUUCAUAGUAAUAUUCUUGUGUCGUCUAUGCUAGAUUCACCAAUUAACACCCUUUAUCAAGCUGUACGACAAGUUUUUGCACCUGUGUUACUGAAAGAUGAGAGAUGGAGUAAAACAUUUGAUCCCAAACUCCAGAAACUUUUAAGUGAGCUUGAAGCUGGCUUGAGUACAGUUCUCAGAAGAUCAGAUCCUAACUACACAGGAACAAAAUUCAGUGAAGAUGAUGUGCGAGCUAUACUUACACCAACAGAUGAAUUUCAGUUCUGGAUAGAAUGUGCUCAUCAUGGAAAUAAAUGGUGUACUAAAGAGAGAGCUUCUCAUUUUAAAGACCUAUUUGAGGACAUUGCAAAAGAUUAUUACAACUUGGAUAGUCUCUCAUUAUUUGAAGUCGUGGAUUUGGUGGAGGCUACCAAGGAUACUGUUGAUACUGUGUGGAGACAAACAGAACAUGAUCCUUAUCCACAGCCACGCAUGCAUAACCUCUUGGAUGUAAUAGGUGGCUCGCUAGGUAGAUAUGUUCAGAGAAAAUUAGCAGCUUUGAAUUUGUGGGAGGAUACUUUCUACAGUGUUAAAGAAAAUCUAAAGGCUGGCAUCUUGAUCUGUGAGCAGUGGGUCUCAGCUUGUGAGUACCUAACUGGACAACUGUGGCAGCGUUAUACUCUACAUCCAUGGAAAAAUGAGAAAUAUUUCCCUGAAUUGUUAGCCAAACUUGGCAAGCGCCUUGAUGAGGUGCUAACUGUUAGAACACUGUAUGAAAAACUUAGGUUAUUUUUGCCCGCUGGAGAACAAAACUCUUUAUAUCUCGCCCAAGUGUUCGAACCCUUUGCUGGCCUAAAUCCCGUACAUUAUAAUCCUUACACAGAGCCAUUAUGGAAAGCAGCAGUCUCUCAGUAUGAAAAAAUUAUUGCACCAGCAGAACAAAAAAUAGCAAGCAAAUUGAAGAAACUUAUUUCAGAAAUUCAGGACAGUCCUCAGCAGCUUCUUCAAACAUUUCAGAAAUAUAAGGAACUGAUAAAGCAUUCAAAUAUAAGCAAAGAAUUGCUUUUUGAAAGGGAAACAUUGCUAGCAAGACUUCAAGAUUAUGUCAAAGACUAUCAGAUAGACUUUGAAACUCGAUACCAUGGUGUUCCUGGUGAUGUUUCUGGACCACUGUCAGGCAAAAACCUUUCUGAAGUUGUCAAUAAUAUCGUAUGGGUACAGCAGCUGGAGCUGAAGGUGGAUGAUGCUAUCAAACUGGCAGAGGCUCUUCUGUCUGACUUACCUGGAUUUCAAACUUUUCAUCAAAGUGCAGAUUCUUUUCUGGAACAGUUGAAAGUCUAUGAACAAGAACAAUUUGAUGAUUGGUCUAAGAACAUCCAGUCAGAAUUAUCAAAUCCCAAGUCAGGACUUUGCAUCCAGGCUAAUAGUCCUGUAAUGGAGUUGGAUCACGUUUCUGGAACAUUAAAUAUACUUUAUUCAGAUUGUUUGGUGACUCUCCUAAGAGAAGUACGUCAGCUGUCAGCACUUGGUUUUGCUAUACCAGCUAAAAUACAGCAAGCUGCAAACACUGCACAGAAGUUCUGUAAGCAGGCGGUCAUCCUCAAACAGGUGGCACAUUUUUAUAAUUCUAUUGAUCAACAAAUGAUUGAGAGUCAGAAGCCAAUGAUGUUACAGUCUGCUCUAGCAUUUGAACAGAUAAUUAAGCAUUCAAAGUCUGGUCCUGGAGGAAAAGCUCAAAUAACAUGGGAUAAUCCUAGAGAAUUGGAAGUUUAUAUCCAAAAACUCCAAGCUGCUGCUGAACGGCUUUCCACUGAAAAUAGAAAACUAAGGAAGUGGCACACAAACUUCAUUGAAAAGGUUAUAUCUCUCAUGAAUAUUGAUCUACUUCGGCAGCAGCAGCGUUGGAAAGAUGGACUUCAGGAGCUCAGAACUGGUUUUGCCAGCCUCGAGUCACAGGGUUUCAAAUCAUGUGAUAUGAAAGCAUGGAGACAGCACUGGAAUCAUCAACUUUACAAAGCUCUGGAGCAUCAGUAUCAAAUGGGCUUAGAAGCACUCAAUGAGAAUUUACCAGAAAUAAAUAUUGAUCUAACGUUCAAGCAAGGCCGGUUGCAAUUCCGACCUCCUUUUGAAGAAGUACGAGCUAGAUAUUACAGAGAAAUGAAGAGAUUUAUCUCCAUUCCAAAUCAGUUUAGGGGAGUAAGUGAAGCAGAGGAAGAGUCUAUAUUCACUGUUAUGACUGAAAGAAAUGCAAGUGGAUUUCUGACUGCUUUCAGUAAAGCAGAGGAUUUGUUCAGAAGGCUGACAGAUGUUUCUAAUCAAUUCAAGGAUUGGAUCGUAAUUGGCCAAGUAGAUAUGGAAACUCUGGUGAAGACACAUCUUUCUAGCAAACAGGACUGGGAAAAAAACUUUAAAGCAUUAAAAGUGAGAGGGAAAGAAGCAGAACGUCUUCCAAGCACCAUCAGGAUAGAUUGUUUAACUGUUAAUUGCAACCCUGUGAAAACUAUAAUAGAUGAUUUAAUCCAGAAGUUGUAUGAUGUUCUUGUCAUUUCUUUGAGAAAAUCUAUUCAAGCUCAUCUAUGUGAUGUUUCUUCAUUUCUCACUGAUGCCAUGGAGACAUUAGUGUAUAGGCCCCAGACUGUAGAGGAAAUAGCAGAAGACAAUUUAAAAUAUUUAAACCUACGUGAACGAAAAGAAGGG